UUCAAAAACAUUUUCGCAAUUAAGCUUGUAAAACCCCGUUAUAAACAGUGGAAACGUGCUCCAAUGGAUGUUAAAAAGUCCACGCUGGUCCACUGGUUUCGAAAAGGUCUCCGGGUCCACGAUAAUCCGGCUUUAUCACAGAUUUUCACUGCCGCCAAUGCCUCGCCCGAGAAGUUCUGCGUCCGGCCAAUUUUCAUUCUGGAUCCCGGGAUCCUUGACUGGAUGCAGGUGGGGGCCAAUCGCUGGCGAUUCCUCCAGCAGACCCUUCAGGACUUGGACGACCAGCUGCGGAAACUCGAUUCGCGUUUUGUGGUGCGUGGAAAGCCUGCGGAAGUUUUCCCUCGUAUCUUCAAAAGCUGGCGCGUGGAACUCUUGACAUUCGAGUCGGAUAUCGAGCCCUAUUCCCUGGCUAGAGACGCUUUGAUCCAGAAAUUGGCCAAAACCGAGGGUGUCAAGGUGGUAACACACUGCUCCCACACGAUUUACAACCCAGAGUUGGUUAUAGCCAAGAAUUUGGGUAAGGCUCCGAUUACGUACCAAAAGUUCUUAGCCAUCGUGGAUCUAUUGAAGAUACCCAAGGUUCUAGAAGCUCCUGAAAAGUUAAAGGGGGUGGCUAAGCCCCCCAAAGAUGAUGUGGAGCUGCAGGAUUCAGCGGCCUACGAUUAUCCCACCAGGCAGUUGGUAAAGCGGCCAGAGGAACUGGGACCCAAUAAGUUCCCCGGAGGCGAAACGGAGGCUCUGCGUCGCAUGGACGAAUCCUUGAAGGAUGAACUCUGGGUGGCCCGCUUCGAGAAGCCCAACACGGCUCCCAAUUCUCUGGAGCCGAGUACGACAGUCCUGAGUCCUUACCUUAAGUUUGGAUGCCUCAGUGCUCGUCUGUUUUAUCAGAGACUUAAGGAAAUACUUAAGCGACAGACGAAGCACUCCCAGCCUCCCGUUUCCCUGAUUGGACAACUUAUGUGGCGGGAAUUCUAUUACACAGUGGCCGCUGCCGAACCCAACUUUGAUCGCAUGCUAGGCAACGUCUACUGCCUGCAGAUUCCCUGGCGACAUCCCGAUCACCUGGAGGCUUGGACCCAUGGUCGCACUGGUUAUCCGUUUAUAGACGCUAUAAUGCGACAGUUGCGUCAAGAGGGUUGGAUCCACCAUUUGGCCAGGCAUGCAGUGGCUUGCUUUCUCACACGAGGUGAUCUCUGGAUCAGUUGGGAAGAGGGACAGCGGGUCUUUGAGCAGCUGUUGCUCGAUCAGGACUGGGCGCUCAACGCUGGCAACUGGAUGUGGCUCUCGGCCUCGGCCUUCUUUCAUCAGUAUUUUCGGGUCUACAGUCCGGUGGCAUUUGGCAAGAAAACGGAUCCGCAGGGUGACUACAUAAGGAAGUAUGUACCGGAAUUAGCCAAAUAUCAAAGCAGUAUCUAUGAACCCUGGAAGGCCACGCUGGCGGAUCAGCGUGCCUAUGGCUGUGUUCUUGGCAUCGAUUAUCCACAUCGAAUAGUUAAACACGAAGUAGUGCACAAGGAGAACAUUAAGCGGAUGAGUGCCGCCUACAAGGUAAAUCGGGAAGUACGCACCGGCAAGGAGGAGGAGGACUCAUUUGAGGAGAAGCCAGAGGCGUCAACAUCAGGCAAGCGGAAAGUGCGAAAAGCAGCCGGAAGUGCCGCUAAGCGAAAGCGUUAAAAUCUAAAUAUUUAGGCUACCUUCUUUAAGGUAGCAAUUCAAUUCUGUUAAUUAUUAAUAGUACCUUUGAUAGGUUCAGACGACACAUGAAUCUCUUCUUUAAUAAACCUAUCUUGUAUAUGACCUGUAAA